AUGGCUGAUUUGGUACAAGAGUUGAUAUUGUUGAAACGAAUGUCGGGAACCUUCGGAGUGAUGCAUAUUCAGCCAAUGAAUGUGUUUUGUGACAGCAAAUCAGCGAUACACAUUGCGACAAAUCCAGUCUUUCAUGAGAGGACGAAACACAUUGAAAAUGAUUGCCACUUUGUCCGGAAUGAAGUUGUCACUCGCAACAUCCUGCUUCAACAUGUUGAUACCACUACACAACUCGCAUAUAUCUUUACAAAGCCAAUAGGUCGUGAUGGUUUCUGCGUCGGAGUCAGCCGCAAAGCCUUUCGUCUCGGCAAAUUCGUACAAGACAUCAACGCUCUAAGAUCCUCCAGAUGGGAUUCGAAUCGCGACCUCGUAUUGAUUCUGAUCGCUUACGGCGGCGAAGGAUUGUACUAUUUCGUCGAACAGUUCAUAUGGCUGACGAAAUCGGGAUUGAUCGACGCGAAACACUCGAAAUGGCUUCAGAAGAUCAGCGCUUGGGCUGAAUUGGUUGGGUAUGUUGGUAGCGUUUCGAUGAAGGUUAGGGAUUUGAGGAAAUUGAGAGAGGAAGAGACUUGUGUUGCUUCGACGAUUGAGAUCUCGGUUUCUAGAGGGAUAGCUUGUGAUGGUGAAGAUGAGAAGAUGAAGAUGAUUAAGGGGAAGAAGACGUUGAAGGUUUUGUCUAUUAUGCAGGAUCUUGCUGAUGGGUUGAUGACGAUUUCGGAUAUUGGUGAUGGUAAAGGAGUGUUAUCGGCUCCGAGUGUGGUUUCUUCUGCAGGUUUGUUUUCAGCUAUUGUUAGUACUCAUAAGAACUGGGUUUCUUGUUGAUGUUGUUCAUCAUUCGUUUUCGAAUAAAGGUUUUGUUUUGAUACA